GUAAACAAUUAAACAACCGAACCGAUAAAAUAAAAGAAUUCUCAGAAAUUGAGACUGCGGAAUUUUUCAUUUUUUGCACACGUUAAACGAAAUUCGCCAUAAGUACUUCAAGUAAUAUUUAGUGUGCAUCCAAGUUCCAUGAUUCUGAUUUUAAUUCGAACAAAAACGCAAUAACUAUGAUGAACAAUUUUAGAAUCGCCGGCGAUAUUAUUCGCUUUAUCGCUGUGAUUGCAUUACCCAUAAAACUAUGGACAUCAAAAAGUGCAGCAGGUGUUUCGGGUAAAACACAAAUUUUGUAUGCUCUCGUCUGCACCUCAAGAUAUGUGGAUUUAUUCCUUUACCACAUCUUCAUCAGUCCAUAUAACACCGCAUUCAAGAUAUUGUUCGUAGCAGUGGCCUAUUUGACCGUUUACUUGAUUUAUGGAAAAUUAAAGGACACUUACAGUCGUAACGAGGAUUCUUUCAAGAUCGGUUAUCUCGUAUCUGCGGCGGCGGUUCUAGCUGUAAUAUUCAAUUAUGGCUGGUCCGGUACCAUUAUCACUUACCCAGAAGUUCUCGACGGUGGAUUUAGUUUCUUGGAAACAUCCUGGGCAUUCAGUCAAUACCUCGAAGCGGUAGCCAUCGUGCCUCAAUUACUCAUGGUGUAUCAAGAUAAAACCAACGAAACCAAGAGCUUCAUAUUUUACUAUCUUUAUGCAUUAGGUCUUUAUCGAGCUUUAUACGCUAUGAAUUGGGUUUAUAAGUAUCAUGCUCAGCAUUUUACUGAUGUUAUUUCGGAUUCAGCUGGUUUUGUGCAGUUGACAAUUUAUGUGGUGUUUGCCUUCGUGUAUGUUAUGCGCGAAUCACCUUAUAGCAAAAUUGUUGACCGUCCGGUAAUCGUGAAUAUUUAAAGGGGUGAGGACGAAUGACGAUGAAGUCGUCUGGUAUUAGUUUUUCUUUUGUGAUGGAUUAUUUAAUAUUUUUUGGGAAGUACCUAUGUUUUCAAAACUCAGUCAGAAUUUGAGUAGAUUUUAACCACUUCAAUUACCUCACAUCAUUUUGAUGUAUAGGUAAUUGUAUUUACUGAAGGAGAACUUCACGUUAUAUGUACGAGUAUAUUAUUGUAUUGUUUGCAUUUAAUUUUUGUUACCAAGAAAAGAUUUUUCUCCAAACUAGUUACAAGAUUAAAUUUAAUCACAGACUUGUUUUCAUAUCAUAUCGAUAUCAGUAUUUAUUUAUAUAGUUUAAAAAGUAGCCUGUUCGAUCAAUUACAGAAGUCAAGACAAAUCUACCUAUCUAAUGCUUAAUGAAAAAUGCAUUUCUAUUUCUAUUUUCUAAUCAUUGUAUGUUACUCAUGGUUAAUGGUACCUACUUUUUGGUCCCAAUAUUGUUUAGGACGAGUAAAUAUUUCAUUUAACUCUAGUAUUUUAAGGAACAAAUUGUUUUAUAUUUUUACAAAAAAAAUAUUUACGCACUGAA